CGCGUGCGCCCUUCGCGCUGAGGAAGCCGGGAGGGGCGCCAUCUUGGUUGCCGCGCGGCGGCCGUCGCAUUGCAAACCAUGGAGAAUUACCAGAAGUCCAAGACAGUGGAGAAGCCUUCUCCUCUUCCUUUUACCAACUUGCCCUCUGAUAUCAUUGAAAUGAAAGUGAAGGAUGGAAGCAAAAUCCGGAAUCUGAUGGGCUAUGCCAUUGGCAAGAUGGAGCAAGAGACCAUGAGACAGAUGCUCUUCAGCGGGGCUGGCAAAGCGAUCAACAAGACUAUCACAUGCGUGGAGAUCAUGAAGCGGAGGCUCAAGGACCUUCAUCAGAUCACAAAAGUGUUCUUCCGGCAAACAGAGGAGAUCUGGGAACCUAUUGUGCCAGAAGCCGGCCUUGAUCCUUUGACUGUGAAGCGAAACAUCCCUGCCAUUUGUGUUUUGCUGAGCAAAGAUCCACUAGAUGUUCAGGAGCCAGGUUAUCAGGCUCCUGGAUCCUUUGAUGCCUUCUGGUUGGAAACGCUAAAUUUGGAGUCCCAAAGUCAAACAAAAAGGAAGAAGGGUGGAGGGAGAGGAGCAGGCCACGCAGGAAAGCACCCUCGCUCUGUCUUUCGGGAGGAAUCCAAAAAUAAGCCUCAGUCAAGCUGAGUGAAUACUUAUCUACAGAGCCAAAGAAAGCCCGCCAGUUUUCAUGUUGAGAGAGGGAAAUCAGAAAUCCUGGUGGAAAGAGCUAAUUUAAAGGAAAUGGAAGAAGAGAGGCUGUGAUUUCAGAACUAUCUUGGUCAGGUUGAUCAUCAGCAUCUGGCAAGGUGGCUCUUUUCUUCCUUCAAGAAGGAAGCGAGAUGCUCCGGUGGUUUGUUUGAGUGCUUGCAACAAUAAUGGUAAAAAAAGAGCAGGGCCUUCCAGGUUGGGGGGAUGCGGAGAAUCUGUGCCUGCUAACCUCCCUGGUGAGAGGGUAGCCGCGAAGUUUACCUGCUUUUUUCAGCGGAUGGCUCUUCCUUCGAUGCUACGAGAAUCUUACGACCUAUUUCUGUGAAAAGGCAGGUGCCUGCCGCUUCUGAAAUUUCAUUGGGACAGGAGAAGGGCUCCCUGUUCUUUGUGGUAUUCUCUUGCUUUAGCGUAAGAAGCAUCUGCCUUCCUGUGUAGUCAAGAGAUUAUCUUGUUUGAUUCAGCCUAAAGAUGAGACGAUCUCAUCUUGAUUGUCCAGCGUGCAGAGGUACAGCUGAAUGUGUCUAGAGAUGAUGGGGAAAAUCCUGGGGUGGUUUGUUAAAAAAUACAGGUUGGAGAACAAUAUUUUUAUUAAUAACAGGAGGGCUGAAUUUAUUUUUCAGUACUUGAAAAGGCUGUUUUGGCCUAUGAAAGCGUUGUUGCUAGCCUAGACGCUUGAUGCUUAUCUCCAGUAAUUCUGUCUCCCUCCAUAAGUGGUGCCUGAGGAAGUGAACGACGGUUCCAAGAGCAUUCUCCCUCUUUGGCUGAUGUAGCCGUGGCUCUUCAUGUACCUCUGAAAGCAUUGAUGCUCCAGAGAUCCUACUUGGGACAGGAAUUUCAAUUGUUUGACUUGUUGACAGUACUGAUUAUUAUUGCUUUCUGUCAAACAUUAAAAAAAAAAACAUUCAGAAUACUAUCAGGGCUUGCAUCUCA